AGCUUCGGCGCUUCUAUUAUUUGAUUGGCUGCAAGUCCGUUCCCGGACCCGAUUGGGGCAACGCCGCGAUACAAACACAAGAGUCGCGUCAAAUCAACCCACGCGACACAUGCGCUCGAUUCUGCCUCCCAAGUAUUCAGAUGGCCCCUCAAGAGAAACAAGAGCGCCGACUUGCGCGACAGCGGGGUGCUGGACCGCGCGAACUCAAAAAUGCGUCGUUCAGCUUUUCAUUUGGAGUGCCCGCAUUGCAAUCGCAGCCCACCAGAGAUAAAACGCCGCAGCCGCGUCAAUCACAGCCCCAGAGGACACCUGCCGCGCACGUAUCUACAGGCAAAAGGAAGAGAGAAGCACCUGCUUCUCGAUUAUCGGCUGCUCACUCUGCAAAGAAAGCAAAAACACCACUUGUAUUAAAGCAAUCGGAUGAAUUGGACGAGCUGAGCCCCGAAGUGUCUGCCCCGAUUGACAAGUCUGAACUUCCUCAACUGCGGCGCGUUUCGAUUCCGAUAUUACCUCUGAACAAACCGCUUGAGCAGCGUCCGCCUGAAAGCCCUGACAGACGCCCCCCACGAGAAGAGCGAGGAAGGAGCAGAACGCGCAAAUCUAUCGUCAGUUUGAGCUACAGUUUGUCACGCUCGCGUCUAGACACUUUAACAGAAGGCGACGAGGCUGAGAUUGCCGACUCGGCUCGGGAAGCGGACAUACUGACGACAACAACGAGGGCCACGCCUUCGACCCAGCGACGUUCAGUGAAGGGUAGAUCUACAAGUCGAAGAUCAUCGAGUUCGGGUCCUUUCGAUGGUGGAACAUCUUCUUUUUUGCGUAACCAGGCAGCUCAAAGCACGAGGCGAGAGAAGCUUGAAAUACCAAAUGAUGGAACGCACAGCGAAGAUGAGCUCACGCCAGCGCCAAUGAAGGUCUCUAGGAAGACUUCGCAAGUUAACAUCCUGGCCGAUACAGACGCUGACGGUUCUGGCGAGGAUGGAGAACAAGAUGAGCUCUCACCUCAGCAAGACGCGACUACGAACGAGUCGAUAGCCAGUGGGCGCACACCCCUGACAGACAGGAGCACAAACACUACACGGCCGCCGCUUGAGAAGGGCAAACGUGAUCAGGAUGAGACCAGCGAGCCGGUGCGCAAGAAGCAAAAGACCGCCACAUCCGAGAAAUCAGCAAAAACAACGAGCAAGGGUGGCGCAAAGAUUCCAAUUACUGUCUACAAGCGGACAAAACUCGCAGAAGACGAUCCCCUUGGGAUAGAUCCGGACCCCAUCCCGUCCUUGAAUGCGUCUGACGUGCUGUCUCAAAUUUCGACCGAGAUCAUCAACGCAUAUAUUUCCAACGUACCUGACGUCACUCGGCGCUCCACCGCCGUGCAGAGCAAAUCUUCGGUCAAGAAAACGAUGCUCCAUCAGAUGCAAGCUCUCCAGCAAUUUCGGGACAAUCUCUCUGACGCCUUGAGAAGUAUUACAUUCGCGCAGUACAGCUUCUACAAAUUCAGCGGCGAAGUGAGGAGAAUGAAGAAGCGCAAGAGAGAGUUGAGAGCGGAAUUGAUUGCUCGGCGAAAAGAGAGGGAAGAGAUUGAGAUUGAGAUUGAUCGUGUGAGAAGUCAGCAUCUAGAAAGGGAAAGUGUGGACGAGAAGACGAGGAAGCUCAUCGACGACAUAGAGAGUAUUGAGGAGGCCAUCAGAAGAGGACGGUCCAGAGAAAGUGCUGAUGAGCGACCGGAAGUCGGUUUUUUGGCGACCGCGGAGGAGAUUGGUAACAGGGUGGGUGUUUUGAAGCGUAUCAAUGAGUUCAACGCGUUUUUGGCUAGGGCGGCGGAAGCGCUCUGAUUUAUUCAAGAUGGUGGCAUUUUGGGCAACGCGGAUGCAAAAAGAGAUGAUAAACGACUUGAGAACUUUGGUUAGCUUUUGAGUAAACGAUACCCGGGGAUCUGUCUCCACUUCUUGCCUCGUACGAGGUUCAAGUACUCACAACUGGCCUGAGACGAGGAUGAAGUGGAGAGGCUGCCUGACAAUUGUUACGACGAUAUGUUCCUUAAAAUCACAUUCUUUGUCUAAUGUCUACCCAGGUCUUACUGUGCUCGGCCACACAAAGCAAAGUGUUAUUCGCUUUGUUGUAAGCCUUCAUAUGUAUCGUUGCUGUAGGUCCUGUUAGUUUUAUUUAUGCCAGAGAGUAAAG